UUCCUGCCUCUUUCAGUCCGGGUUUGGAGACUCCGGCGUCCUCCGACUUUUCAUGGAAGAGAUGUCAGGAGAAAGUGUGGUGAGCUCAGCGGUGCCAGCGGCUGCUACCCGCACCACUUCCUUCAAGGGCACGAGCCCCAGCUCCAAGUACGUAAAGCUGAACGUGGGCGGAGCCCUCUACUACACCACCAUGCAGACACUGACCAAGCAGGACACCAUGCUGAAAGCCAUGUUCAGCGGGCGCAUGGAAGUACUCACUGACAGCGAAGGCUGGAUCCUCAUCGACCGGUGUGGGAAACACUUUGGUACGAUACUCAACUACCUUCGUGACGGGGCGGUCCCCUUGCCCGAGAGCCGCCGGGAGAUCGAGGAGCUGCUGGCAGAAGCCAAGUACUACCUGGUCCAGGGCCUGGUGGAAGAAUGCCAGGCAGCCUUACAACAGAACAAAGAUACUUAUGAGCCUUUCUGCAAAGUUCCUGUCAUCACUUCGUCCAAGGAAGAGCAGAAACUUAUAGCAACGUCAAAUAAGCCAGCCGUGAAGCUGCUCUACAACAGAAGUAACAACAAAUACUCGUAUACCAGCAAUUCUGAUGACAAUAUGUUGAAAAACAUUGAGCUCUUUGAUAAGCUCUCUCUGCGCUUUAAUGGAAGGGUCCUGUUCAUAAAGGACGUCAUCGGGGAUGAAAUCUGCUGCUGGUCCUUUUACGGGCAGGGCCGCAAGAUCGCUGAGGUUUGCUGUACUUCCAUUGUCUAUGCCACGGAGAAGAAACAGACCAAGGUGGAGUUCCCAGAGGCCCGGAUUUAUGAGGAGACCCUCAAUAUUUUGUUGUACGAGGCCCAGGACGGCCGAGGACCCGACAAUGCGCUCCUGGAGGCCACGGGCGGGGCGGCUGGACGUUCCCACCACUUGGAUGAGGACGAGGAGCGGGAGCGGGAGCGCAUCGAGCGCGUGCGGCGGAUCCACAUCAAGCGCCCCGACGACCGGGCGCACCUCCACCAGUGAGCGAGCGAGCGAGCCGCCUCCCUCCUCCCUCCUCCCUCCUCCCCUGCUCUUCACUCCGAUUCCUGCAGGCUCCGGGCGCCUUCCACUUCCCCCGGAGUCUGGAGAUACUUUUGUAAUAAGCCAGAUGAUGAUUUUGAUAUUUUUCGACCAGGUGACUGUCUUUCCCCAGGUGAAUGCACCCUUGUUCUUAAGUGGAGUCCAAGGUCUCCCCCUUCCGUGGGAAACGGGGAAUCCUUGGAGCCAGGCUUUCUUGGUUCUCGGAGAAAAGUAUGAAUGGGUGUGAAGCGGACGUGAGAGAUGUUGUCUGCAGUAUUUAUUUUUGUGGGUGUGGACUACCUAUUUGAGCUUCGGGGCGGCAUUCCCUCGGGGUUCAGUUGGACGGCUCUGAGGGGGAUCCUGCCAGUUAGUUGGUGGCCACCAGACGUUCUUGUGAGCAUCCUGUGUCGUCGUCCUCCAGCCCAGCACACUGGCUGCCGGUUCCUGUGUGCUAUAGACUGGGCGGCCCUCCGGGGUUUUGCUGGAAGCACCCGCGGCGGCAGGAUUUUUGCGCCUAUGGCUUAUUGGUAAAUGACUGCAGUUUGUGGCGUGGAAGAUAGGACCUAUGAGCUUCGUGCCUCUAACUUGUCCUGGCGUAACUCUGGGUCAGGAGCAGGCCUGUUGCCCCCUAGGCUGACGUGUGGUCCGUGCUCAUUGGGACCCCGCAUGCCUGGCCGAGGGCAGAGCCGUCCCCGGCAGGGAGUGCUGGGGUCCUGGCCCUCUCCCUGAUUCCUGCCCCUUCUACCUGGCCUCCUUGUUGAGCAACCCCGUUCUGGGAAGGCCAUCUGGCCUGGUUACAGGUGGAGCUCACACCGCUGCUUCCUGGGAUCCAUUCCUCCUCCUUCGCCCUUCUUCUCUGUUAAGCUGGGCUGUCUCGGGUAGAAGCCCUGCCUUUUGCUUAGAAAGUGGACGUGGCCCGGACUCUUUCCCCUCCCCGAGCCUGGCAUCCAGGCAGGAAGACCACCCCCACCAACAGUCUCAGGGCACCCAUCACCUGGAGAUCCCCUUUUUGUCUUUGCCUCUGAUUUUUACAGUAUGGAGUGGCCACAGGGAGCAAGAGUUUGAGGCUGUGCACAUCCUUUGUGGUCCAGUUAAGUGUGCGUGUUCAUGUUUAAGGGACGUGUGCGACUGUGGACGGGGACGUGUGCUUGUGGGGCGCAGGGGGCCCGCGCUGGAGCCCGGCUGUCUGCACGGUUGCUUGUGCAAGACGGACGUUCUCGGUGACCUACCUCCCAGUCUCCUCUGCGCCCACGAAGGGACAGAAGUGCGUUGUGGCUGAUGUGGCUGCGACUAGAUUAGGUAGAGUAGUUAAGGGAAAUGUGAACGUGUGUGACGGAAUGGAUGGAAUUUGUCUGUUUUUCAAGGGAAAUGUUACUGUUUUAUACCAAAGGUGUUAACGUGGGCAGCCUUUGACACCAUGUAUUCCAAAAAAAAAAAAAAAAAAAACGAGUUUAUAUUUUGAAAUGGUUUUUACAGCUUAGGCUUUGCACAUACUGCCUUUCUUGAGACAUAGGCCUUUAUUUUGUAUCCAGCAGCAAAGCCUCCAAUAAAACUAAAACAAUCUUGAUUGAACCUAAAAAUCAUGUACGGGGUCGAUGCUUUUUAAACUGUUGUGUGGGAGACUUUCCUACUAAGCCAUUUGGAUUUUAUGAAGUGCACAGGAAAGGGGGCUUAAACACGGUUUCGUAAAUAUUUUAUAUACCGUUUAAGUUUUAAACACCAACCCUGGCAUUUGGGUUGAACUUUUUUAGAACGUUAAAGCGAAUGUCAGUUCUGAUGUUUUCUGUAGGAAUGGAAAAGCCAUCCUAUGAAUUGUGUCUUUAAAUCUUUCUGUGAAGAGUACGUCUGUGGAACAGUCGGAUUUGUUUGGGCUUCUACACCGUCUGAGCUCAUGUUUCUGGCAGUCUUUACACUUUUCCUACACUUUGCACUUGUUCAUUUGGAGUCUUUGCUUUCUCGGGAACGGAACAGGUUCCCGAAACAUUCCAUGGUGAGGGAGGCCGUUAGCUGCGGAGCCAGGAGCUGACAGGAAGCGUUGGCUGGUCCAAGCUCUGUCGGCAAACGUAUUCUACAAGGAACUGAUUUUUAUGCGAGCACGAAGGGCAAACCAAGGUCAGUAUUUAUACUGAAGAACCAUCUAAGUAAAAACACUGGCCUAAGAUUUGGUAAAGUGUUUUAUUACAGUGUAAGAGCUUACAGUUAAUGUAGAACAGCUUUGGGUCCCUUGUCCAGAGGUCCUUGUUGGUGGGGACCGGGGGCCUGUGCCCAAGACAAUCCUGGAGUAGCCUCUUCUGUCCCCCUCCCCCACCCCCAGGGUAGCAGGUAAGCAGCCUGGCUGAGGGGCAGGUACCCCCCCCUCCCCUCGGCUUAUGCGUGCUGGCUUGCACCUCACAGCAGCUGCUCGGGACCCAAGUGUCAGCACCGCUCCUCCGCCCUCCCUUAGGGCUCCACCCAGCGUCACCGUAGCGCGCCUGUGUGUCACUAACCUUUCUCUCUGUGCUAUGAGAAGAAAUGCUAUAAACGUUAGAAGUAGUCACUGUAUGUUGUACGAGCAUUUGUGGACGUGUAAAAUAAAAGUUACGUAAUGCUUCUGUUGAAA